AUAACAUAAUCAAAUAAAUUCGUCGUACGUAAUAUUUUUGACAUCAAUGCGUGCCAAAUAUGGAACAUUUGAAACUAUUAACACCUUCUGUGAUUUCACCUUGCAUAUAAACAAAUGACAUUUCUUAGAAGAACAGGGUGUUGCAUAUUGAAAAAAAUAUAUUAUUGUUUUGGAACAAAAACAUAAACCACAGAAAACAAUUUUAUUUUUAAUUUAUUACACCGCCAGAGCCAGUUUUAAUUAUUUGCUAAGUUUUAGAUAUAUAUAACUAUAUGGUUAUAAUCUAUGACAUCAUUAAAUCCUGAUUUAUCACUACCUACCUGCCGGGUUUGUUUACAAAACAAUCAAGAUGAAGAAAUGUCUUCGAUUUUUGAUGUGGAUGCGGACUUUGAUGAUCUACACAUCUAUGAAAAAAUUGAACAAUGCGCUGAUAUUAAGAUAAUACGACAUGAUAAAAUACCCACCUUAAUAUGCGGUGACUGUUAUGGAUUCUUAAAAGUUUCGUAUAAAUUUCGCACCAUUUGUCGUAAUUCUAAUGAAUAUUUAAAAGAGUUUGUUAUCAGUGGCAAGUCCAGUCCUCUACUACCAGAGGAAUCUUCGCUUCAUGAUAAUCCGCUGCUAAUUCAGAAAAAGGUGGUUAAGAAGAGAGCCAAACGAACACAAUACAAAACAAGAAGAAAGGAAAGGGAUUUAUCGCCUGCUGUAGAGAUCAUAAAAACUGAAAAUGAAUUAGUGGUAAAAGAUGAAAACGAUUUUGUUCCAAAUAACAUAGAUUUCGAAGAAUUAAAUGAAAGAGAUAGUAUUGGUGAUGGUGAGAUUGAACAUUUAGAUGAAGAUAAUAAUGAAGUCUGGUUAGAUCCAGAUUACCAAGAUGAUGAUGAUUUCGAUGUUUCAAUCGGUUCGUUAGAAUUGGAUGUCAAGGAAGAAGCUGAUGAACUAGAGGAAACUACUAAAAAACGAACUAAGAGUAGUAAGAAAACAAGAAAAGUGGGGACAAAGCCAUCAAAGACUCUAGAUAUCUCUUCAGAUGGUGCGGCAAUUAUACGUGAAAAGAAACCCCGUGCAAAAAGAGUGAAAAGAGAAAGGCAACCACAUAUAUGCGAAAUUUGUGGAAACAAAUAUCCACGACGUUACGCAUUGGAAAUGCACAUGAGAAGACACCGUGAUGAGAAACCAUACGCAUGCGAAAUUUGUACCUACGCCUUUCACAGUAAUUUUGAAUUGAUACGUCAUAUGAGAAAACACACUGGAUCUAGACCUUAUAAGUGCAGUUAUUGUCCUCGAGCCUUCGGCGAUCAGUCUACUUUAAUAAAACAUGAAAGAAUACAUCGCAAUGAAAGACCCUUCAAGUGUGAUACAUGUGGAAAAACGUUUACCUAUUCUAAUGUUUUAAAAUAUCACAUAUUGACACAUACUGGAGAAAAACCAUAUGCUUGUGAAAUCUGUGGAAAAACAUUUACAAGAACUCAUCAUUUACGAGCUCAUUUGGAAACUUUACAACAUCAAAAUGAUCCUAAAGCCAAAAUGCAAUUGGCCAAUAUUAGAAAAAAUAAUAUAAGUCAAUAAAAUGUGUAAUUUUUACUUGGUAACCUAUAAUAUAAUGAAUUUAAUACAGAAUGCAAUCUGAUAUCAAUCAGGGAUACAACUCUUUUAAAAUCUUAUGCCUGCUACGUGAUAUCUUUGGGUGUAUGUUUUUGUUCUGCAUUUCACUUUCCUGUGAAAAUAAAAAUGAUCUUAGCAAAUAAAUUGUAAAUAAAUGUCGGUCAUGAUGUUAUAAUGAGUACAAUAUUGUCAAUCAAUAUUGUGGUUAUUUAAAAAAACAAUGUUCCGCCAAACUUAUUUUAUGCCUCAA